CGUAGACUGUAGAACAUGUAAAUACGCGGAUCAGAUGUGACCUUUCUUCUAAAUUACGAAUUUCACAAACAGUUUGUGUAAGUCUGGUAUUAAGAAUACUACUUAUAAUCUAAAACGAUCGAACAAGACAUCUGUUAAAUUAUCGAGUUAAAAACAAACCAGUGACCACUCAAAUCACGUGAUCAAAUGAAGCCGAAGAGCAGCCGACAGAUACAUCGGCUCACCUGACGGACCGUACACACGACUGUACCAUUUAAAACCCGCUUUUUACUACGAAGACUGGAAGAGUGUCUAUUCUGUCAGAUUUGGGGUUGUAGUAUCUUGUACUGACCAUAUCUCCACACUUGCAGACCUUAAACAGUACAGCAUAGUGGUGGUGUGCUGUGAGACACAAUGGCCGAGUUCUUCAAAGUGGUGACUGACAGGUAUGAUGGCAUCACCAUAGAUACUGCUCAACAGUCUUUCAAGGAUGAUGCAGUAUUUUUGCAAAACCUAAAAGGUGCAGUGUCAGAAUGGAAAGUAAGUGGAAAGAGAGGACUUUGGAUUAAAGUGGCUUCUCUUCACUCCAGUCUAGUGCCACUGCUUACAGAGAUGGGUUUUGACUUUCAUCAUGCUCAGCCUGGCUACGUCAUGAUGACAUUGUGGAUGUGCGAUAACCAUCCCAAUGAAUUACCAGAAUAUGCCAAUCAGUAUAUAGGUGUUGGUGGCUUUGUGGUUAAUGAAAAGAACCAGCUACUUGUGAUGCAGGAGCGGUAUGGGCAGAAUAAGAAAUCACCCUGGAAAUUACCAGGUGGACAUGCAAACAAGGGGGAAGAUUUGAUCGACACUGCUCAACGGGAAGUGCUAGAAGAGACUGGUGUGGAGUGUGAAUUUGUGUCCCUUUUAGCAUUCCGACAUCAGCACAAUUACAGAUUUGGUUGUUCUGACAUCUAUUUCAUUUGCGUCAUGCGACCAAUUACUCAAGAAAUUAAACCAUGUCCUCGAGAAGUCUCCGAUUGUCAGUGGAUGGAUCUUGAUGAAUACAUCAGUGAUCCAACCAUCUCUGAUGCCAAUCGUCACUUUGCUUUAUGCUACAAGGAGAACAUUGAGAAUGGUUUCUCCAUCAUACCAUCCAAAGUUCUGUCAUUUGACAAGCGAGUUCUAAAUAAUAUUUACAGCAUCAAGAAUAUACAAGAUAGACAUUGACCAGGAACAAUAGUUACUCAGAAACACUGAUGUCAUUAGACUAUAAGAUUUUUUGUUAUUUGGUGUUCACUGAAAUGUUUGGGACUGGGACCUUGUGAUAAAUAAUUUCAUUUGCUAUGUCACUGGCUGUUGAAAGCAUGAAUCCAUUUCAAGGUCACUACAUGCUGACAAAAAACCAAUUUUAACAAUUAAGUGUGGGUAAUUUCAUUCAUAUGACAGUUAUUCUAAAAUGCAGGGUUGUAUGGUGAUUAAAGACUUGUACCUACUGCAGUCUGAUACAUUUAACACCAAAAUCAGCUCUUCCAUAUACACAGAAUAUUACUGUGCCUUUUUGGAUCAUGUGUCUAUAAAUCUCUAAUUAUGCAAAAAUCAGAUCAGCAGCAUUCAGCAUUAUCUACAUAAUUUCACAAACUGAUAAACUUCAAACUGAUGCUUUUAAUAAAAAAUCAAAGCAUUAAUAAAUUAUAUAUUUAAAUUAUAUAAAUGAUGUUGGUGAGAUAGUUUCGUUCUUGAUAGAGGGGAAAGAGAGGUGAUGAUAGUUAUUCUGAUUGCUAUAUCAGGAAGAAAUUCACAUAUAAGUAGAGUAAAAUGUUUAUAGUGCAUACAGUUUUUAUCUCACUGUUUAGUGACCCUCCCUUCGUAUGUGAUGGUUUCAGCGUUAUGCAGCAGGAUACAAAUAGUCUCUCAAUAUCAUUGUGUUUAGUUUGAACCCAGCUCUCAGAUUGUUAAAUUGCUUGAAUACUGACUAGUUCUGAUUAACCAGUAUGUUUUCUGAUGUUAUAGCUAAAAAUUACCCCUGGGCUAAUAGCCAAUAAAAUAAAUGAAAUGAAA